AUGUCGACUGCUGUAGCUCCAGCAGCAAUUGCUGCGCUCCCACCCCUCGACCGAAAUCCGAGCCCUAGAACAUAUCCGCCGUUGGCUCCUUCGAGUAAUUCGCACCCAAAGGACAGGAAUGCAGAUAUGGUGAUGGUCUCCGAAAUGAGUGGUGGCAUGAAUCCCAACGAGAGGACACCCUCGGACGGGAAAAGGUCCCCCAGAUCCAGUAGGAGCGCCGGAAAUCCAAAGAUUAUUGUGAAGAAAGAGCCACCGACCUCUCCUUCGCUCCAGGCGAGCACUCGCCACCGCCCAAAGAAGUUGGAUUUGAAUACAAAUACCUCAAUCUCGACCGGCCUGAAUUCGCGGCCUUCUGCAACACCACUGACUGCAAGGGAUGGUCUGGUCUUGCAUGAUGUCGGGUUGGCCUGUUUGUCACCUGGUUUCCAAACCCAAGAUCCUGCCAUGCGAGAACAGCUCGAACGAAGCAUAUCUGUGCGAGACCAACAACGAUCAAUCAUCCAGGCAAGACUCCUUAAGUCGGCUCGCGGCGAUGCACCAGAGUCAGGAAAGAAUGGCGAAGCGCCCGGCCCAACAUCCAGCAAGAGCACCGUGGCGGGUUCGAAGAAGAGACCACCACCAGGUCUAUCGAUUGUUCCUCCUCCCGCUGAGCGAUUUGCCAAUGAAAGGGUCAUACAGUCUGCACCAUUGAACCAGACUUUCACCGGUCGGCACGACCCUGCUCCUGUCUCGAGGCAGGUUAACAAUCAACCGCACAACCUGGCACAAAACUCACAUAUCCAUCACGUCCCUGCCAUACAGACCACCAACCGGUUGCCCCCUAUUGCCGAUGUCUUUGGGGCUAACGAGCUCCAUCCUGGUCCUGGUCGACCACCUUUUCUCCAUGCAAACUCAACUCCAUCUCAAAGCCACGGUCCUCCUCUGCCAUCGCCAGGAUUCCCUCCGCAAACAGCUCACCCGACCUCCCAGCCUCAGUCGCACAAUUUCGAUCGACCUAGGGAGUACCGAUCGGCAGAGGAAGCUGUGCACGAAAUGACCGGGGGGCGAGAGGACCUCUUGCCGAAAAUUGUUCACUAUGGUGGUCAUCAACCCCCAACUCCUCCUUCGCCUCGCGCUGGACACAAAGACAGUCUCACUCCACACAAGUAUCAACCUAGCAUGCAGUCCACAAGCAGGAGGAGAAGCCGCAACGAGUAUGAGGACGGUAGCAGUCCACCGCUCGGCUCGGGUCCGGAGCGAAUUCGUUAUAACGGACCUUUCGGGGAGGGAAGGGACAGCCCGGCGACACAGCGAGCAAAGAAGGAGGAAUUCUUGAGUCUGUGCUCGAGAGCCUGGGACCUGUUCCACUCCUGA